UUUUUUUUUUUUAUUUUUAUUUUCCUUUUUAUUUGUUUAUUCUUAUACAAUUACUCUUCAUGUCUGGAUACAAACGCAGCAAGGUGUCAUUUGAUAAGGAUGAUUAUUAUGAUCGAGCGGGAUCCAGCAAACGAGCCAAAACACAAAGACGACAAGAAAGAGAAGAAAGCACCGAUUUUGAAAUAGAUCAUGAAGAGUCUUUGGAACCUGCCAAACAACGUCGUGGAGCUGUUGCUAAGGAUGCUUAUGUCAGUGAUGAUGAAGAAGUGGGUGGUGGCGCCUUUAAUAGUGAUUCUGAAAAUGGUGGAGACGAUAGUGAUGAGGACCAAGCAAGCAAAAAAACCAACGAUGACGAUGUUGAUAUGUUCUCCAGUACGGUGGCAGAUGAAGAAGAUGAUACAAAGAAAAAGGACAAGAAGAAGAAACGGCUUGGUAUGGACGAUAUUGAAGGACAAGAAUGGACCUCUAGGGAUCAAGAAAGUGAUGAUGACGAUAACCAAAAAAACAAAUUGACGGCAUUCAACAUGCGACAGGAAAUGGAAGAAGGUAGUUUUGAUGCUCAAGGCAACUACAUUCGCAACGAAAAGGAUCCUGAAGCUUUUCACGAUAAAUGGAUGGAAGGAAUUUCAAAGAAGGAUAUGCUCAAGGCUAGGGAUGCUCAAGUACGACGGGAUCAGGCCGAACAAGUCAAGGAAGCCUCUCGACAAUCAACAUUACCACAAACUCAAACUGAUGUGUAUUUGGCUCUUGUGGAAUACCUAUUACCGGGUGAAUCUGUUAAGGACGCAUUGACAACCUUGGGGAAAGGUGCACAUGGAAAAAUACCUCUAUGGAAACAAAAACUAAUGGCCAAGAAGAACAAGAACAAGAAACAAGAUACACCUGUAUUGGAUGAACAACAAGCUGCUGAUAGACAACGCAAGGUGGAAGAGAUGACAGGUUUAGCAGAUCAAUUGAUGGCUUUGGGACAUUUUACUGUUUAUGAUGAUACGUUUGAAUCUAUCGUACGUUAUUUACGCAACAAAACUGAUGUGGAUGAACUUUGGUUACCGGAAUCUAUUCAACGCAAGUGAUGAUGAGGUAUUCUUUUAUGUGUUUUGUCAGAGUAAUACCAUUCCUAUUUAGUAUUUACAAUCUCUUGUAGUUUAGAACUUGUAAUUUAGAUGAUGAUGUGAUGAUUUUCAUAUAUACUUGGUAGUAUAUAUAUAUUUGUACAUAUUUCAAACGAACCGUCAUGA